UAACAGAUGGAUCAGCCAGCAGGGAAUCUCAAUAGCAUCAUCUAUCUCCAGGAGUCAGUCACGCCAGUUCUUCUUCCAAACAUGUUCAACAAGCUAAAGGGUCUCUUUGGAGGCCCACCACUGCCAGCAGAAACCCCAAAACUGGCAUCUGUACCACCAUCUGGCCCUGACAAGGAAGACAAGCCUGCAGACAAAGAUAAUAUGGCCAAGAAAGAGGACCAACCUGAGCCGACUCAGGCUCCAGCCCCAGCCCUAGCACCCACCCCCAUACUUGCACCAGCCACAGAACUAACUCCAGUCCCAAAACCUGAGGACAAGCCUGCAGAUGUAACUGCUGGUCAAGAAGGAGAGGGACAGGAAGGCCCUCAGUUACCUCCACAACCUAUCGUGAUAAACAAGUAUUCCGAUGAGCAGCUGAGAGACAUCGUAAAACGGAUGAGAGAAAGAACCGAUCUUUUUAAGGAGAAAGUUAUUGACCAGUAUGCUUCCUCCCCUGAGCACAGCCCUCCUGUCACACCUGUUUAUCGUAAAAACGAUUACAUCAAAUUAAUUGCUGAGAGGGAAAGAAAAGCUGAGGAGGCUAGAAUAAAGAAAGAAGAAGAAGAUAAGAAAAAGAAGGAGGAGGCAGAGAAAAAAAAAAAAGAGGCAGAAGAGAAAAAAAAAGAGGAGAAGAAAGAUGAAAAAAAAGAGGAUGAGCCCAAACCAUCCUUCCUUUCUUCUUUCACCUGUUCAUUUUUUGAUAUUCUGCUGAAACCGAUCGAGGACAGGAUGGACUCAGUCUUAGGGAACACCAUAGAUCCAUUUACUGAUCGUAGGUACAUUGCGUGGCUCAGUGUUGUGACCCUGGCCUUCAACUAUAACACCUGGUUCAUAACUGCUCGCCUUUGCUUCCCUUACCAUACACCAGAGGCUAUCCCACUCUGGAUAGGCCUUGACCUCUUGGCUGACUUCAUCUACCUUAUUGAUCUAAUUCUCUUCCAGCCCCGUAAACAGUUUGUAAAAGGAGGGGAUGUUAUAAAAGACAGAAUUCCAACAAAGAAGAACUACAGGGACUCUGAAAGAUUCACGUUUGACUUGUUGUCCCUCCUUCCACUGGACUUACUCUGCCUCCAGUUUGGGUACAAGUCCAUCUUUAGAGCCAAUCGUCUUCUGAAAGUGGAUACCUUCUUUGAGUUCAGUGAUCGACUAGAGAGCAUCUUGACAAAGGCCUACAUCUGGAGAGUGAUCCGCACCAUUGGUUACCUGUUGUUCAUGCUCCACCUCAACGCCUGUUUCUACUAUGUUGCAUCCGACUACCAGGGCAUUGGCAAAACCAAAUGGGUCUACACUGGCAAAGGCAGCGCGUACCUGCGUUGCUACUACUUUGCUGUUCGCAGUCUGAUUAACAUCGGGGGUCUGCCUGAACCACACACCGUCUUUGAGAUUACCUUUCAGAUGUCAAACUUUUUUACGGGUGUCUUUGUCUUCUCCAGUUUGAUUGGACAGAUGAGAGAUGUCAUUGGUGCAGCUACGGCUGGAGAGACGUAUUUCCGUGCCUCCAUGGAUGGCUGUGUGUCGUAUAUGGUGACCAACCACAUCCCCAAGUUGGUGCAGAACAGAGUCCGUACCUGGUACAACUACACCUGGGAUGCUCAGGGUAUGCUGGAUGAGUCUGAGCUGCUGGACCAGAUGCCUCUGGUGAUGAGAACAGCCAUCGCUGUGGACGUUAAUCUUACUACCUUCCAGAAGAUAGAUCUAUUUAAGGGUUGCGAUCAGCAGAUGUUAGUGGACAUGUUGCUGAGGCUGAAGUCAAUCAUUUAUUUACCAGGGGACUUUGUGGUGAAGAAGGGAGAUAUUGGUAAAGAGAUGUACAUCAUCAAAAGUGGAGCGGUGCAGGUGGUGGGAGGACCUGACAAUUCCAUAGUCUUUGUCACUCUGAAGGCUGGUUGUGUGUUUGGAGAGAUCAGUCUGUUGCAGUCAUCCAAAGAUGGAGGGAACAGGAGAACAGCUAAUGUCAAAGCUCACGGCUUUGCUAACCUCUUUGUACUGGAUAAGAAGGACCUAACAGACAUCUUGGUUCACUACCCUGAAUCACAGAAAGUCUUGGCCAGGAAGGGAAGAAAACUGAUGAAAGCCAAAGGUCCCGCAGCUGCUAAGGCUGAGGAAGAUAAGAAAAAAGGACUGGCACUAUUUGGACCCAAACCUCCUACACCUAAACUUCUGCGUGCCUUUGGAGGCAAUUUCAACAAAAAUUUUAUGGAAAGACUCAAGAAUGCCUCCUCAUAAAGGCCAAAACCAUAAUUUUUCUUUUUUUAUUACCUUGUGCAAAUGUUUGAUUGUGAAUAGCUGUAUUUUUUUAGAUUGUGAUGCCAGAGGAAACAUUUUCAGUUUGCAUCACACAACUUGCUUUGUCCAGAACUAUGUUUGAGCUGUGAAGUACAGUGUGUAAAUAAAUUAAAUGAUACUUGAAAGUUCA